CCAAUCAGCUCCUACUACUCCGGCUAUGGCUGCAACAUGAGCAAUGUAGGCCACUCAAUAGAGCAUGAAUCCGGUCAUGCUUGGUACAAUACUGUUGAGGCGCUACGAGGCUUAAUCGAGAAGUCGGUUGAUUGGAUCGUCUACAUCAGCAGGUUAUGGGCUAUGGAGACGAGAAACAACAGGAAAGAACGGAUCAGCAAGCCUGAAACAGGUUCCACACAGGAUGAGAUUGUAGAGAGGCUGAUGAAGGAGACUAGAAGGGCUUCGUCUAGUGAUGAGCAGACUCGAGGUGAGGCGUUUGAACUGCUCAAACGUCAGCUCGUUCUCGAGUUCCUCAACAAGGAUGAGGCAACAGAGGAGGAGCGCGACGAGAAUGAAGACACAAGCGCCCAAAUUCCCAGGUGGAAUCUCUUACUCUCCAGCGUUGUGGAGUCCCAUGCACACGCCGCCAGAAUGCUGAUCCUCCAGUCGGAAGAAGAUAGCAAACCAAGAUCUGAUGAUCCGCCUCGAAUUCUUGUAUACGAACGCCAGCUGCCUAGCAAAGCGCAGGUGUACUUCGAGCUUUUGAAUACUAAAUUCCUCCAAUGCCCCCUUUCGAUAUAUGCAUCUCAGGUCAAGCUUGACGACGAACUGGAAGAGGCUGCGGCCUGGAGGUUCACUGACUUAGUACUCCGCUCGGGACGCCCAACUCCCCGCGAGUACUUACGACGACGACUGUCCGACAUGCAGACUCAACUUCGAUCCAGUAAAGCCGUGCGAGUGCGACGCAAUCGGGUGAGCUGGCUUGCCAUGGCCGGACUGGUGCGCGAUGAAGAGGAGGAGGAUUUUAGUAAGCUGGGAAGAAAGGAGAUUGAUGAGGAAGAGGCGAAGAUAGCGAGUAUUGGAGGUGAGAAUGGGAAAGGAGAGACGACAUUCGAGGGAGAAAUGGUACGUGUGGUUGAAGCCGCCAUGCGUUGGUUGGAGUCUGCGAAGUUGGACGAUUUUCUAGCAACCCUGAAGGGGAGACCCGGAUCAGGGAAAAAAGUGAGUCAAAUUGACAUAGAGAGGCAGAACUCUUUUAAAAACUGUAUGGAAUAA